AUGGCUCCAACGGUGACGCUCAAGCUGACCAACCGCUCCCCCUCGCGGCCCGUCGCCCGUCUGCCCGCCUCCAUCGACGUCCCCGCCGAUGCCACCGUCGAGGACGUCAAGGUGCUCAUCGCGCGCGAGGCCCGGCUCGGCGACCACAACCGCGUCGGCCUCUGCGACCCGGCCACCAAGAAGACGCUCAAGGACCGCAAGGCGCGCAUCGCCCGUGAGCCCGCCGCCGCCGCCGAGGUGCUCGUCAAGGACCUCGGCCCCCAGGUCGCCUGGCGCACCGUCUUCCUCGUCGAGUACCUGGGCCCGCUGCUCGUCCACGCCGCCUUUGUCGUCGCCCGGCCCUACAUCUACGCCGGCGCCCGCGGCCCCAUGUCGUCGACGCAGUGGCUCACCUUUGCCAUGAUCAUGGCCCACUUCGCCAAGCGCGAGCUCGAGACGCUCUUUGUCCACAAGUUCUCGGCCGCCACCAUGCCCGUCUUCAACAUUGCCAAGAACAGCUUCUUCUACUGGGCCCUGUCCGGCCUGCUGUGCGCCUACUCCGUCUACAGCCCGCGCUCGCUCGCCGCCACGGCCCACGUCCCCGUCGUAGACGCCGUCGGCACCGCCGUCUACCUCUUCGGCGAGGUGGGCAACGCCCUGGUCCACCUGUAUCUGUCGUCGCUGCGCUCCGCCGGCGGCACCGAGCGCAAGAUCCCCGCCGGCUACGGCUUCGCCCUCGUCACCUGCCCCAACUACAUGUACGAGAUCCUGUCGUGGGUCGGCAUCGUCAUCGCCAGCCGCGACUGGGCCGUCGCCCUCUUCAUCUCCGUCGGCGUCGUCCAGAUGUACACCUGGGCCCGCGGCAAAGAGAGCGCCUACCGCAAGGAGUUUGGCGACAAGUACAAGAAGAAGCGUUUUGUGCUCUUGCCAGGUCUCCUGUAG